AUGGAAGCUAUUGUGAAGGCAAGAAAAGAAGCCAACGAGGUGAGGAAAAUGGCAAGGAACCAAGAUGUCGCGGCCGAGGAGAGGAGGGUGGCGGCCGAGGAGAGGAAGGUGGCUUUGGAGGAGAGGAAGGUGAGCAAUGAGGAGCGAACAAGAUUGUUGGAAUGGGAGAAGCAUUUGUUCUUCUUGGACACAUCUAACCUCAAUGAGGCGCAAAAGGAGUUUGUCAAACUUUCACGUGAAGAAGUCUUGAUCCAAAAAAGAGCCAUGGUUCGUGCAAUGGGUGGCGGUGGCCUCGGCGCCAUGGGUGGCGGUGGCCUCGGCGCCAUGGGUGGCAUGGGUGGCUUCGGAGGUUCCGUGGGCGGUUUCGAUGCCAUGGGAGGCAUGGGUGGCUUUGGAGCACCCCCCGACGCUAUGGCCGCCAUGGGAGGCAUGGGUGCACCUCCGGCCGCCAUGGGCGGAAUGUCUUUCGAUGUGCCUCCUCACACACAUUCCCAUGAAGGUGCCGUUGAAGAUCUUGCCAACACCGUCGGAGCUUCACGUGAUGCGGUGCGCGAUGAGGAGAGAGAGAGAGGAAGAAUCAUCUUCGGAGGAGGCAGAAUCGUCUUCCGAAGAUGA